CUGAUCGACCCAGAAUUCAGCGCCGUGCUGAGACCGCUGUCGGGGUGCCACGGCGUGCUACCGCGCAGCCACGGCGUUGCUCGUGGGGCAACCGGGCAGACACGUGCUCUGUGUCUCCGACUUGGCGGUGGUUGAGGAUCAAGAGGGAAAGGGUAGGUGAAAGAACUGAAGGCGAGCGCAGAGCCCGGCAGCCCGCCCACAUGCUUUGCCCCUGCCAAUGGUAACUGGUAAGUGGUAGCCCACCUGGAUCUUCUCGGAUCCUCGCCGCCUCUCAUCUGCGUCUGUUUCUUCUGCUCUUCCGGACUUCGAUCGGACGGAGCGUUCCUGGCUCCGUCCCUCCGUUGGUACCCGGUGAGGAUUAGGAAGACUUCAUCGGUAAGAUAGGUAAGGAAGUGCCCGCCUUUCUGCAGCCGUGUCGAGCUUUCAGGACAUGUCCGGCGGCGCAGAUUUUUGCUUACCAUUCCUAGCAACUCGAUCGAGAAUUCGUUCUGAACGUGGAUCGCAUUCCUCGGUAGAGAAUUUAGAAAUGGGUCCCUCGGGCUCAGGCCAGAUUUCUCUUGAAACUGUGGUGGUGCGGCCACUGGCCGCCACCCGUUCGAUGGAAUGUCUCAUUCACUGUUCCAUCUGUUCUCGGUCAGUCUCAAGUGUUUCCUUUUUUCUUCUCUUUUUUGGUCACCAAGCAGCGAUGGCGCCGCCGAUCUCCACAAGACAGCCUCUGCGGAUUGCUUUGACGCCAAACAGUGGGCACCUGAGAUCAUCUGCAGUUAGAAUAACCUGUUUUGCUAAGCAAACUAUUACUCCCAAACCUUUAUCAUCUAGUUUGGACGAGGCCAAAAGAAAUGAGCCUGUAGUCAAAAUGUGUGGCAUUACAUCUGCAAGGGAUGCCGCAAUAGCUGCAAAGGCUGGCGCUAAACUUAUUGGGAUGAUUCUUUGGCCCAAUUCCAAACGCUCAGUCCCAUUAUCUGAGGCCAAGGAGAUAUCCAGAGUAGCCAAAUCUUACGGGGCUGAACCAGUUGGCGUGUUUGUAGAUGAUGAUGAAGAGACCAUCUUGAGAGCGUCCGAUUCAUGUGACCUUGAACUUAUCCAGCUCCAUGGAGAUAGCUCCCGAGAACUACUUCCUGUGCUUUGGAAGAAUAAUCGAAUUAUAUAUGUGCUUAAUGUUGAUGAGGAUGGUAAACUUAUCAAUGCUCCUCCAAGUGAAGAAUAUGUUGUCGAUUGGUUUUUGGUGGACAGUGCAAAGGGUGGCAGUGGCAAAGGGUUCAACUGGGAGAAAUUCCAAAUGCCAUCUGUCAAUAGCAAGAAUGGCUGGCUAUUAGCAGGAGGCCUUCACGAGGACAAUGUAUGCCAAGCUGCUUCUGCUCUAAAUCCAGAUGGCCUGGAUGUUAGCAGUGGCAUAUGUUAUCCUGACGGUUUACGGAAGGACCCUGAGAGAAUACAUUCCUUCAUGAGCAGAGUAAAAAGGUUGAGUCCCCAGUAAACUGAAACUGCAGUUUCUGCUCUUUCUGUCAUAGUUUUCUUGGUCCAGUAUCUCGAACUUGAAUAAAUAGCAUUCCUUGAUAAUGAAAAUAAAUGGAGUCCACAGAUGAUGACAGUGAUGGUCUUUGAUAUCAACCUGUAACAUACUGGCUGAAAUUUCAAAUUUUCUGUCUGAUUAUUUAUGCCAUUUUCUGCUUGGCAUCA